AUGGCGCGGAUUCAGCUUCAGCAUGUAUUUAUUGCGGUCGCCAUCGCCACGGCGCACGCUUUGGAAGCGAGCGGGUGCAACGCACAGAAGCCAGUAACAGGGGCGCACAGCAUUUCAUCAAGCCCAUUCAAUGAAGACUUUGGCGAGUUUGUGCGAGAGUCUCUGGACAUCUGGCACGUGCCGGGUAUGUCGGUUGGCGUGAUUGACGGUGAUGACGUCUAUACUGAGGGCUAUGGAUAUGCGAUAAUACCAGAUGUGCCUGCUACUGCCGACACACUCUGGUACGGAUGCUCGACCACCAAAGCGCAGGCCGCGGCGCUGCUUUCUCACCUCAUCAACUCCGAAAACUACAGCAGCGCCUUUCCUCAAGACUGGGAGACACCCAUGGCGUACAUAAUUCGCGACGAUUUCGUCAUGCAGGACGAGUGGGCGACUGCGCACAUCACUCUCAACGACGUCGUGAGCCAUCGCAGCGGCCUCGGCCGUCAUGACUACGGGCUGCAACGCAUCCGCGACGGCAAGCAGCUGCGACCACGAGACGUGACUCGCAAUCUACGGAAUCUAGCCAUGAAAACCGAGCCCCGUGUUCAGUGGUCGUACUGUAACUACAUAUAUAUUGCGCUCGGCCACGUAGUCGAGACUGUGACUGGCCAGUGGCUCGGCCAUGCUCUGCGUGAGAAUCUCUGGGCGCCGCUAGGGAUGAGCUCGACAUAUUUCAAUGUCGACGAUGCGCUAGCAGCGGCGCCGCAGCAGCACCUGGCAGCCGGUUAUGUGUGGAAUGAAGCGGCCGGGAAUUACACGCUUGUGGACUACAUGGCACUUACAGAUUUCAGUGCCGCUGGCGCAGUCAUCUCCACUGUCAAGGACUAUGCGAAAUGGAUUAGCUGUCUGAUCAAUAAGAGCGCGCCGCUGUCGCAAAAGACACACCUCGAUCUGCAGAAGCCGAGGAUGUUUCUCGACGAAGAUGGGGGUGCUACAGGGGACAAGAUGGCGGCGACACUAUAUGGGUUGGGCUGGCUGCGCACCACUAUACAUGGCAAAACGGUAUACUUUCACCCUGGGGGCAUGCAUGCCUAUGGCGCAGAAGUCUUCUGGUUGCCGGAUGUCAAAUUUGGUGUCGUAACAUUUGGGAACACGGUCGUGUCAUCCAAUUGGCAGCAGCUUGAUGUUGUCUAUCGCUUGAUCGAGGACAAGCUUGGGAUCGCAGCUGAUGAGAGAAUUAAUAUUAGAGAAAUAUCGAUGAAAAGCUGGGAUAGUGUGAUGACGAGAGAAAAGGCCAUCGAGACGUUUUUCUCGGACCGCCCCGAGCCGCCGCUUCCAUCGACAUUCAGCAUGAGCCAGCUUGUUGGUAGCUACACAAAUAAGGGUUGGGGCGACGUUACAUUUACAGAGGAAUACGACCUGGUCACUGGCAAGCCGAUUCUGGUCGGACCUCGGCCGCAUGCGGUAUUCAGACACACUUUUGUGCUGGAGCGUAUCACAGGCGACUACUGGCUCGUAAAGGUCACUACUGAUGGCGAGAGCCCAUUGGCGACUCGGUUCUUCACCGCGCGUUUUGUUGCCGCAGUCGGCGGCGAGCCGGUAACGAUGGAUUUAGACACGGCGCAGGGGCCCGGCGACGCUGGCGAUGGUGUGAUCACGUUUACGAGAACCGAGUACAGCACGGAAGACAGCAACAGUCACGGCCGGUGA